AUGUUUUUCCCAACCUGCAGGGAGGUUCAGAGUGCUUCAGAUGCAGUUCCUGAAGGAAGUGUGGUUUCUCCUCCACUGGACUCAGCCUGGGCAGAGUCCACCAGGAAGAAGGCUCUUCUCAAACUGGAGAAGCUGGACACGGAUCUGAAAAACUACAAGGGCAACUCCAUUAAAGAGAGCAUCAGGAGAGGCCAUGAUGACCUGGGGGACCACUACCUGGACUGUGGGGACCUCAGUAAUGCUUUGAAAUGCUACUCCCGAGCCAGAGACUACUGCACCAGUGCUAAGCAUGUUAUUAACAUGUGUCUGAAUGUCAUAAAGGUGAGUGUUUAUCUCCAGAACUGGUCCCACGUGCUGAGCUACGUGAACAAGGCCGAGUCCACUCCAGAAAUCGCAGAGCAAAGGGGAGAACGUGACAGCCAGAACCAGACUGUCCUCACCAAGUUAAAGUGUGCUGCAGGUUUGGCUGAAUUGGCUUCCAGAAAAUACAAACCAGCUGCCAAGUGUUUCCUGCAAGCUUCAUUUGAUCAUUGUGACUGUCCAGAGCUGUUGUCUCCCAGUAAUGUGGCUGUGUAUGGGGGCUUGUGUGCCUUGGCCACAUUUGAUAGACAGGAGCUCCAACGUAAUGUCAUCUCUAGCAGCUCCUUCAAGUUAUUUCUAGAAUUAGAACCUCAGAUCCGAGACAUCAUCUUCAAGUUCUACGAGUCCAAGUAUGCUUCCUGUCUCAAGCUGCUGGAUGAAAUGAAGGAUAAUCUGUUGUUGGACAUGUACCUGGCCCCACACAUCAAAACUCUAUACAGUCAGAUCAGAAACAGAGCCCUCAUUCAGUAUUUCAGCCCAUAUGUAUCAGCUGACAUGACUAAGAUGGCUCAGGCUUUCAACACCACAGUAUCAGCUCUGGAAGAUGAGCUCACCCAGCUGAUUCUGGAGGGUCUCGUCAAUGCACGAAUCGACUCCCACAGCAAGAUUUUAUAUGCAAGGGAUGUGGAUCAGAGGAGCACCACAUUUGAGAAAUCUCUCCACAUGGGAAAAGAGUUCCAGAGACGAGCAAAGGCUAUGAUCCUUCGUGCUGCUGUGCUGCGCAAUCAGAUCCAUGUCAAGUCUCCACCCAGAGAGGGCAGCCAGGGUGAGCUGACACCAGCCAACAGCCAGACCAGGAUGAGUACCAAUAUGUGAGAAUCGCUCUUCAUCAUUCACCAUCGCUCUUAGACUUUUUCACGAAAUACCUGAAUCCCAAGUUUCUAAAACUAUCUGUUGGAUUGAUGUUGGGAGUAACAAUUUAUAAAGAUGAGUGUGUUUAAAUUAACCUAAGAUCUUGAGUCGUAAAUGACUAACAAGAAAUGCAUUUAAAAUCUGGAUGGAGAACUCAUUGUGAGCUGCAUUUGAAAUAAAAAAAAAAA